AUGAGCACCGAUCCUUCUGCAGACCUCCGAGCAAUGACGAACAAGAUGAGGGAGCUCACGCUCGACUCUGGUGGUGGCGAAAAGGCCGAAGCUGCCACGGGAGAUGCUCCCGCCACCACCAACAGCUCUCAGUCCAGACCAGCAAUACCCGAGAAGAAGGCGGCGGCGGCUGACGUCGAGUACCGACGCCGACCAUUUGAUCCGCUACCUCCGGAGAUCCGAGAGCAGAUCUGGGACUUCGCACUGGCUACCGUGUCUCCCGGUAUCUACUUCUUCCACGAGCAGGACCUUCAGUACGGUGAUGCCUAUGACCCCGAAGACCCCUGCUGGAGGGUUAUACUGCCGCUCCCCACCAUUUUACAUCUGUGCAGAGAGACAAGGGACCACGUCAAGCGCAACAUGUCGUUCACUUGGGCGAGAACCAAGCGCGGAGAGCGCCUCCAGGUCCCGUGCCGGCAGUUCAACCCAGAGAUCGACGCAGCCUACCUCUCCUCCAAGACGGUCGAUCAGCUGUACAACAGCAUCCACGACCCUGCAGAGGCAGGGCCCUUCAUGGAGAUCCGGCACCUGGCGCUAGAGUCGCGGUGUCUCUGCAACGCGCAGUGGCCGCGGUUCGCCAGGCUGCUGUCGCGGCUGGGGACCCCCCACGUCCUGCCGAACCUCGAGCUCAUCUCAGUCAUCCUGGGUCGAGCAUGGAUACGAGAGGAGCCCCCAAUCGGGCGGCGCUGGGAUGGCGAAGAGCCAAUCACUCCACCUCCCGGAUUGAGCAAAGACGAGUACUCCGAGAGAGUGGCAGAGGAGCUGCAGCAAUGGCUCGAGACGGUGGAGCCGCCUUUCAAGCUAAGGUCUCGGGCCGGUAUCUGGGGCCCCGAGCUGAUCCCAGGCGAUCCGGACUCUCGCAGAGACAUUGAGGAGAUAUGUUGGAUGUUCCAGGAUCAGAUGAUACCGCUCGAGGAGGAUGCUAAUGAGGCAGCGGAACGAGCCAGACAGUCUCGACUGGAAGUCGGACCUUUUAGGGAAGUGGUGCUGAGUGCUGAAGAAUUCCGCAAAAGGUGGCCGGCAAAUGUUAACUUCAUGGAAUUGGUGGUGGCAAAGUACUGUUAG